AUGGGUUCUAAGUCCGUUGUUGACAUGAUACAAGCCUCCUCAGGGGUCCACUUUUCUGGUUUCCACGUGAACGGGCACAUGAAUGGCUUGGAACCAAGAUCAGCUAAGGAAACCACUUCUCCUGCUUCAGAAGAGAUCCAGAGACAGCCUUUUGUAAUAGGUGUUGCUGGAGGCGCAGCAUCGGGAAAGACUACUGUUUGUGAUAUGAUAAUCCAGCAACUCCAUGAUCAGCGUGUUGUACUUGUUAACCAGGACUCAUUCUAUCAUAGUUUGACUGAAGAAGAACUUGCUAGAGUUCAUGAAUACAACUUUGAUCAUCCGGACGCAUUUGACACAGAUAAUUUAUUGUCUUGUAUGGAGAAACUGAGGCAAGGUCAAGCUGUCGACAUUCCAAAAUACGAUUUCAAAACUUACAAGACCAGUGUUUUCAGAAGGGUAAAUCCUGCGGAUGUAAUAAUUCUGGAAGGGAUACUUUUAUUCCAUGAUCCACGUGUCCGAAGAUUGAUGAACAUGAAGAUUUUUGUUUGUACAGAUGCUGACGUUCGUUUGGCAAGAAGGAUAAGAAGAGAUACUGUCGAGAAUGGUAGAGAUAUCGGCACAGUACUUGACCAGUACUCAAAGUUUGUGAAGCCUGCAUUUGAUGACUUCAUUCUUCCGACGAAGAAAUAUGCAGAUAUUAUAAUCCCUCGUGGUGGGGAUAAUCAUGUAGCUAUUGACUUGAUUGUGCAACAUAUUUGCACCAAGCUGGGUCAACAUGACCUCUGUAAAAUAUAUCCUAAUCUCUAUGUUAUACAGUCGACAUUUCAGAUAAGAGGGAUGCACACCCUUAUACGAGAUUCUCAGACAACCAAACAUGAUUUUGUCUUCUAUUCUGAUCGCCUGAUUCGGCUGGUUGUAGAACAUGGUCUUGGACAUCUGCCUUUCACUGAAAAGCAAGUGAUUACUCCAACCGGAUGUGUAUAUUCUGGUGUGGAUUUCUGUAAACGGUUAUGCGGUGUCUCUGUGAUUAGGAGUGGUGAGAGCAUGGAAAAUGCGCUACGAGCGUGUUGCAAAGGUAUCAAGAUCGGGAAGAUCCUAAUUCACAGAGAAGGCGACAAUGGUCAACAGCUCAUCUAUGAGAAACUGCCAAACGAUAUAUCGGAGAGACACGUCCUAUUGUUGGAUCCUAUUCUCGGCACAGGAAACUCAGCAGUUCAAGCUAUUAACCUCCUUAUAAGCAAGGGCGUACCCGAGGGCAAUAUCGUGUUUCUAAACCUUAUCUCAGCACCUCAAGGUGUUCAUGUGGUCUGCAAAAAAUUCCCAAGAAUAAAGAUAGUGACAUCUGAAAUCGAAAAUGGAUUAAACGAAGAGUUUCGUGUUAUUCCUGGAAUGGGAGAGUUUGGGGACCGAUAUUUUGGCACAGACGACGACUAG